GAACCAAAAUGGCUGCUUAAGGUCCACAGUUGAAGUAAGCGCUGAACCCUCUCUGCAAUUGACGGUUUUAACGCCGAAUAGGAGCUUGAGAGGUUAUACUCAGUAUCCAAUCACAUUGCAGCACCCAGAAUCUUUGUACAGUACAGUAGAGAGCUGGUGUCCAGAUCAACAAGCCACUAUUUUGGAAGCUGUUUGACAAACAGUCACUCUUCUUCAGUUGAUGUCAGUCGCUAUCUGCGUUUCCAGCGAGACGUAUCGCGCGUUAAACCGGCGCAAAACUAACCAGCCAUAGCUCUGAACCGAUAAGGUUGGAUGACAUCGUCGGCUGAACUUUAAAACAGCUAGCUCUUUUAUAUAUAUAUAUAAUUUUCACAAGGCAAGUGUCUAGCAACUGUACAUGCUAACGUUCUUUUUUCACUGGCCGAAGCUUUUCCAAAUACAACCGAGAUAGCAAGAACUUUCCAUAUUUAAUUUGACAGCUUAACAUUGGCGCUAACGUUAGCCAGCCUUUUUUUCGCCAAAUAGAGCAAUUCGGGAAUUAUUUUUGUAUGUCACACAGCCUUUCGUUUUGUUUUUGUCAACAAGCCGUCUUUUCUCGAAGAGCCAACUAUAAAGCUGACGAUAUUUAGCUGGCAUUUUGACUUAAAAGGGAACAAAGUAACCUUAGCUCCUCCUGAAGAAGUGUUAUUAGUGUCAGCCCUUACUAGCCAGCUAACACCAUAUCCUUAAUUUAACAACCACAGAGGAAGUUUGGCUUUUCGAACUGACUGGUGCUGCAUUCAAGGCCUUUAACAGUGAAGGACCAACUCUGUAACGCGCUCUCUCUGGCUCUUUAAAAAUAAUAACUGACAGAACAGCGAGCUACCCAAGUGUGAAAAAGAAGCAGGACCCUGAAGCAGCCUGUGUACAGCCACGGAAUUCCUUUUCGGAUUGUUAAAUUAUCAGUGUUAUUGUUUAAAAUGGCGGCGAUCGGAAUGGUGCAGAUGUUGAUCGAAGCAGCCGAGUACCUUGAUCGCAGGGAACGAGAAGCUGAACAUGGCUAUGCCUCCAUGCCGCCAUUCAUCAGCAGCUGGGAGAGGGAAAGUUUGAAAAGGAAAAGCAAAAGCAAGAAAAACACAAGUAGCAGGUCUACACACAAUGAAAUGGAAAAGAACAGACGGGCACAUCUACGACUGUGUUUGGAGCGCUUGAAAUCCCUCGUUCCCUUGGGACCAGAUGCUAACAGGCACACCACCCUCAGCCUGCUGAUGAAGGCCAAAGAUCACAUCAAGAGGUUGGAGGAGGGCGAGAGGAAAGCUCAGCACACUUUGGAGCAGCUACAACGGGAGCGGAGACACCUGAGGAGGCGUCUAGAGCAGCUGGGAGUGGAGAGGACCCGCAUGGACAGCACCGGCUCCACUCAGUCCUCUGAUAAGUCCGACUCUGACCAGGAGGACCUGGAUGUGGACGUGGAGGGGACGGACUACCUGCUGGGUGACUUGGAGUGGAGCACCAGCAGCGUGAGCGACUCAGGGGACGAGAGAGGCAGCCUGCGCAGCAGCUGUAGCGAUGAGGGCUACUCCAGCGCCAGCCUGCAGCUUGUGCAGGACACUCAGGAGAAGGCUAAGCAGCUGGGCUGCAGCCUAUAAACAGCACUCGUCACUGACCCAGCACCCACCUCUUUCCCUCAGCCCCCUCACCACUCCUUGGUCCCGCUCCGACCUCACCUCCCCUUCCUGCCCUUCUUCCUCCCUCUUUACCAGGACUGACCAAGUCUGAGGCCCCUCCUCCAGCUGGGCCUCCGCGGACUUCCUGUCUGCACACCGACUUCCAUUCAGACUGCAACACCUCCAAGACAUCCAGCCCAUCAUCAGCGGUCAGUCUUUAGAGUGUCCCCCACUCUGCUCCGCACCGAUAAUACGAGCGGGACGUCAAAGACACUCCACCCCCCCCCAACCACCCCUACCCCCAUCUGACAAAAAAAACACAAAAACAGAACACAACUUUCAGCCAGAGAAUGUUACCACACAAUGUCCCACUGCCUCUUUUUCUAUGCCUCAAGAGCCAUGGGAAGCACUUAUGAGAUUUCACCCAUACUUCACACACAUAACAUCAACUCGCACGUACACACACGUACACACACAUACACACACAGACCGCUCCAUCUCUCCCAAAGGUGUGAUGCUGACAUGGUGCGGGGCUUUUUUUGUUUAUUUUUUUGCUUUUGCGCCCCGCUCACCGGUCGACCGUAUGUGCAUGGUACUUUGCACUUAAAAUAGCUUUUUUUGUAAACAAAACUAUCACCUUUUUCAAACACUGUCCCUUAGCAAAGCCCCACCCAACCCUCCCGCUGCAGCCAUGGCAGCAAUGCCACCAGAUGAACUGAGUGUUUGAAAAACAUGUCAGUCGGCAGACUUUGCGGACACUAAACUAGAGUGCGCGUGUGUGUGUGUGUGUGUGUGUGUGUGUGUGUGUGUGUGUGUGAGUGAUGUUAAACUGUCGACAGCAAUACGUCCCUCAGUACUCGGGCUUUGGCAGGCAGGCUCGCAACUGCCCUGUAAUCUUUUGUCCACGCCUGCCCUUUAGAGCAAAAAGUAACAGAAAAACCGACAAAAAAGAAAAAAACAAACAAAAAAAAUUGUGCAGCAUGAGAUUGUGACUGGGGAGGGUUUUCAGGGGUGGGUUUGAUUGUUUUUAUGCCGCUCUCUGAUGACAGGGCAUUUAUUUUAUUUUUUUCAAACAUCAUCCCUUUCUUAUGUGUGCUUGUCAUGGAUAUUAUGAACACCAGCCACUGGGCCCAAUACUGGUACGCUCUGGCGGGUGUUGGUACGUUUUUGUACACUACUUCUUCACUGCCCCAUUCACCAGGUAUUAAACAGGAAGGGAAUCUACUGAGAGCACAUUCCACUUAUGUAAAGAAGACAGGCAGGUGAGGCUGAGAGCAUUAUUUCAUUACUUGUUGUUGUUUUGGUUUGCGAGUGGAUGUUCCUACCAGUUAUUUAUGAAGAGAGUCCAGUUUGAGAUGAAGCGAAUCACUAGGAAAUACAAAUGGUCGGCUUUGACUUUUCAACGGGAACACACACACACACACACACACACACACACACACACACACACACACACACACACACACACACACACUCUCUCUUUCUCUCUGCUCACAGCUAAACUAAAUCAGUUUUCUCUCCCUCGCCUUGCCUUCAUAGCUAAUUAUUGUUUUAGCAGAAAUAUAUACCUUUUAAUGUAAAUAGUUUACAGAAAGAAGUGUCUAUCAGCAGAUGUAUUUAUUAGAUAAAUCUAUAGAUGAAUAUACAAAAACAAUCUAUUUAAUUAGUUAUAGCUUAUGUUCUUCUUGUGAGGUUUAUUGAGAGUUUCCUAUAUGUAGUUUGUUUGCACAGCCUAGUCAAUCCAUAAAAUAUUGAGAAAUGUC